AUGGGCGACGAAGGAUCAACACUUUCUUCUGCUUUCCCUGCUGGUUACCAGAUUCCGACCAUCCAGGUUUUAAACCUAUCAGAGAAAAUGGAAAAUGAUACAAGUCUUUUUUCAAAAUAUCUUCAAUAGUUAUAACCGUCUUUAAAUUUUAUUCUUGUUAAAUGUACAGUACAUUUUCGAAAAGUAAAGCGCCAAAAUUUUUUUUUCGAACGAUGGGGAAGAUUUUUAAAAGAUUGCUAGGGAACUUUCCGUUGGCCACCUUUCCGAAGAAUCCCUUUCCGACUUUUUUUCCCUUAUUUUUUUUCGGUUUAUAAACAAUCGAUUAACAUUUUUUUUCCCCCAUUUAUUUGUGUUUUAAACAUGAAUAUUUUGCCUACUUUAUAUAGGAAGAUUUAAAACGAAGAAAGUAUCGAGAAAAAAAAAUCGGAAACUUCUCCGUCGGAAAGUUUCCGACUUUUUUUUGCGAUAUGAAAAAAUUCGAAAAGUCGCCGUUCGAGUUUUUGCUGGUCUUUUUUUUAAACCACCCAAAGUUUAGAACCUGCCUCCUGGCUCGAGCAACUAUCAGCAACUCUUGGCGCUGAUCGAAGAAAUCGGAAGAGAUAUCCGACCGUCUUAUACCGGCAACAAAGUCUGUGCCGAAAGGCUCAAACGCUCGCUCAUUCACGCCCGGCAUCUUCUCAAGUAUGGUGAAGAGUUUUAGCAGAUAAAUUUUAUUCUCUGAGUCCCGACCAAAAUUAAAUCGAAAAAGCGGUCACGGUAACUAAAAUCUCAGCGUCUUUGCUAGUGCUUGUAUAUUUCAAACGGAAAAAAAAAUACAAUGAGCGUGUGAAUUAGUUUUAUUCUCAUUAUAAUGAUGUAUUACAUAUCUUUGGGCACUGUGAAACCACGUAUACUAAUUUCGAAAAUAUAUUGGAUAUCAAAGUGAUUGAAAAGGUGCUUAAUGUUGCAGGUAAGGUCUCUUUUCACAUAAUAAUAAAUGGUAGCUAUAGGUCAUUUUUAAGAUUAACUAGAUCUUUUAAUACGGGCACACCCGUUGAGGUAUCUGGCCAUCACGAGAGUAUAAAUGUAGAUACGAUUAAAAUACAAACAAAAUGAUUAGAGCUGAGCAGUCAUAUUUUUCAGGGAGUGCGUGGUUGACGCCGACAACGAUCGGAAAAAAGGAAACGAGGCGUCGGCCAAGGCUUUAGCUCAGUUCGCUCAGACCGUCAAGGCGGCCCAGGCAGCCACUGCCGCCGGUUCUUCCAAAUCUUCUCAAUAA